GGAAAGAAAGAUUGUUAGGGAAGGGAAGAUUGUUAGUUGUUGGAAAAUGGAAGUUUGUUAAAAAUGGAAGGUUGUCAGGAAAAGAAAAGGUUUUCAGAAAAAGAAAGUUUGUCAAGAAAAAGAAGCUUGUCAAAAAAUUAAAG